AAAACCUAACCACAUUUUCAAUCACCACCAUCCCUCCCGCGUGAAGUUCUGCGAACAUCUAACCCAACCAUAUUUUCAAUCACCACCAUCCCUCCCGCGUGAAGCUCUGCGAUCAUCUCGCUCUCCUGCUCCUCUGCUGUGCCUCUGCAAAGGGUCGCCUCUCUCUUGCUCUCCCUCUCUUCCCAUCUGCAAAACUCGUGAGCUCUGGACCAGGCAAAGCUCUGCGAACGUCUCGCUCUCCUGCUCUCUCGCUCGCCCUCUCUUUGCCCUCUGUAAAGCUUCUGGACUAGGCAAAGUUCUUCUGCAGCAAACAAACGGAGUUGAGAGGUGGAAAAAGAUGAACAGUGGGUACUUCCAAGAGCGUUUGAGAACCCUUUUAGCUACUAAGCGCUGGGACUACUGUGUGUAUUGGAAACCCAGCAACGACCAGAGGAGUAUUGAAUGGGUGGGGUGUUGCUGCGGGGGAGCUACUGAAUAUGGAGAUAGUGAGAAUGGUUUGGUGGGGACUUUUGCAUCUAAAUUUUAUUGUAGGGAUACAGUUUUGCCCCACCCACUCACCCAGUCCUGCCACCUUCUCUUGGCAUCGCCUACCUCCAUCCCUUUGGACUCUGCUGUUGCUGGGGUUUAUGCACAGGUGCUUUUGUCCGGGCAGGCCAGAUGGAUUAAUAUUAAUACUCAACCCACCCACCUAACGGAUUGCAGUGAAGUGGGGGCUAAUACAAAUAAUAAUAAUACAAGGGCAUUCAUUCCUGUUCCUGGAGGAGGCCUUGUGGAGCUGUUUGCUUUUGAUAAUGUAUCAGAGGAUCGUGAGGUGAUUGAGUUUGUUAUGGAGGAGCAGUGGCCUGCAAAUUGGCCCCUUGAACACCCUCUCCAUCAGGAAUCUUGGCAGCAGCAGAGGUAGGAAGCGAUGAUGAUAUCUUCUUCUUCAUCUUCCGCCAUAAAGGAAAUACCUUUCCAUUUCUCAUCGGAAAACUUAACCGGAAACCACCAAAGUUUCGAGCCCCAAUCCCCAACAGACCUAUAGGAAGAUUACGAAAGAAGAUACUACUACCACCACCACCAAAUGCUCGGCAGCAGGCAAAAGGACUUCCAUCACCACCCCCCAUGGACUGGUGUCCCUUCUCCUUCGGAUUGGGGGUCGUAUGGCCAACAGCAGCUGAGGAACAGCAGCUGAGGAACAACAACGUUCUCUUUGAUGUCUCUGCCGACUCCAUGCUCUCAGAUGACAUGAUGAAGCCUCCAAUCUCCUUCCCCAAUCUUAAAUCGACAUCAUCCUCAUCACAGGUGAAGCAGUAGGGUGAGCAGAGGGGUGACUCCAUCUCUGACUGCAGCGAGGAUGACGACGAACAAAAGGGAAGGUCCUGAAGGAAACACCAGUCUAAGAACCUGGUGGCUGAGAGGAAGAGAAGGAAGAAGCUCAGUGAAAGGCUCAAUGCCCUCUGCUCCCUCGUGCCCAAGAUCACCAAGGCACGCCAACAUGACAACCCAACCCCUUCUCUCUUUUUUUUUUCAAGCUGUAAACUCUCAUUUUUAUAAUCUGUUUCAGUCUUUUUUCCAUCUUCCUCUAUUCAUCUUUCAACUAUGCUCUCAUUCUUUUUCGAAGUGAACAUAUGUAAUUUCGUGGGUAUGAGAUUGUUUGUAGAUGGACAGGGCACCCAUCUUGGGUGAUGCCAUAGAGUAUGUAAAGGAGCUGCAGAUGCUAGUGAAGGCACUGCAGGAGGAGCUGGAUGAGACAACUGAGGAAGAGCAGCAGCAGCAGCAGCAGCAGUAGCAACAGCAAGGUAACGGAGGCGAUGGUGGUGCUCCUCCGGCUACGACCCCUUCCUCUGAUAGCAACAACCAUGGCGGCUUAGCGUCAUGGAGGAGCGGGUUGAGGAAUCCUCAUCCACUACUCAUCACCUGCUGCAUAUCCCCAACAUCAACAAUGACUCUUCUGAUGACAAGGCUCAGCAGCAGCAAAUGGAGGUUCAGGUUGAGGUGAACCAAGUAGGCGCCCAUGAGUUCAACCUGAAGAUAUUUUGCGAGAAAAGCAGUGGUGGUUUUGCGAGGCUAAUGCAGGCUGUGGAUGCCUUGGGCCUCGAAGUAAGCCAUGUUAAUAUCACUACUUACAUGAGCCUCAUUCUUAAUGUCUUCAAAGUCGAAGUAUGUCUCAACAAUCCUUUCUCUGGGACAUAGCCGCUUCCCUCUCGGUUAUGAGAAUGCAAAUUGGUGUGCUUGUGUUGUUGCCAGAUGAGGGAUAACGAAGCUAUACAGGCAAAGCAUGUGAGGGAUUCACUUCUGGAGCUCACCUGCAAUCCCAAUGGCUGGCCUUCCCCUGUACCUAAAUUGUAGCAUGUCCACUUGCGGGAGCUUCCGCCAGCAAUCGGCGCCGCCAACUUCUCCAGCACCCAUAUUUGAUACCGUUGUUUCAUAUACAAUGUUUUGAAUAUUUUUAGUCUAAGAUUUUUCUUCGUUCUUGAAACUAACCAUAUCAAGCAGUUUUAAAUCACUCACUUUGUCUGAAUUAUGAACUUAAUUUGUUUAAACUGCAUCAUGCUAUUGUGGGGUUUGAAUUGUUUAAUGAUAGCUUAUUACUAAUGGUAUUCGAUAUGCAAA